AAUACGACACCACGUUAAUACGAGAGAAUCCUACAAAUAAGAAUGCUGGCCAACUUCGGAGCCCUCCGCGUUACUUGUCAUCUAAUACAAGACACGAAGGGGGUCUGACCUCAGCCGGCAGACAUGUGAAAUCUGGAGCCUUCCUAGUGGAUGCGGGGGGAGAAUCAGAGGUGAACUGUGUUUAGAUGUAAAGGCGAAUCAGGGGGCCACAGCGGAGGGGCGUCACGGCCAGCAAAACUAUAAAUCCAUCUCAUUUACAGCAUCCUCUGUCAAAGAGAGAUAAACGACGCAACAUCUGCACUCUUCAACACAGACAGAGCUUCACGAGCGCAAGUGAACAAUUUAAGGAGUCCUCUAAAGCUGUCACACCACAAGAGGGAUAUUCUCAAAGUAACACGGAUUGUGGAAAGUACACUUCUCGCAUUCCGGGUGGAUCUGACCUCGCGGGUGGGUCGCCGCGUGUGCGGGUAUCUUUUUUGCUUUCUUAUCAAGUCUGUAUUAAGGUAACUCGGCUCAAGGCUAACAUUGCCAGUUCUCAGCUGUUUUUUCUGCCCAUGCUAUCUUAACCAGCUGCUGUUACAGGAGCCCUGAUGUCUUCAUUUGACUCCCUGCAGUUGUUGAUAGUGCGCAUUUCUCAGAUUUCCAGCGUGGAUAGUAGGCUGCGAUUCUCCCACUACUAAGAUCGGAAGCCCUUACCUGUCUCCUCCGAAGAAGCCCGGCGAUCAGCAGAGAGCAGUUUUUUUUUUCCAACACCAUUUGUCACGUCGAAUUAAGAAAAGACCGAACACAUUCUAAAACUGCAUAUUAUGCCUUUAACAUCGAACAAUUAAAUGCCUUUCCCGGCAAAAUGCUUGGAUUUUCAAUGUAUUGCUAGUAAUUGGUCAAAGGAGACCAAAUAAAAGGUUCCGCUAUUGGAAUUAAGUCUAAGAUGAAGGUAUGGGAUGCUUUAGCCAUGUGUUUGUUGCUGCUGAGCGUCGCCUCUACCAGUCCGCUAUUGAGAAGCUGGGAGUCCGGAGUGAAGAGAACCGAGACUGAGGAGCACCUGCGGGAUCUGCCGCCUUCCUCCCCAGGGGAUUUGUACAAUAUGGAAGACAUAUACCCAGAACAGUUUGAAGAUGUAGUGGAAUUCAUUCAAGCUACAAUAAAAAGACUGAAAAGAUCCCCAGAUUGGACCAUUCCUAUACGGGGGAAAAGAGACAAGAUUCGACAAAGAGCUGCAGCAAACACAGACACUACAAAUGGAAAGUCACGAAGGGGCAGAGGCAAGAAUCGGGGUUGUGUUUUGAAGGAUAUACAUCUAAAUGUAACUGAUCUGGAUUUAGGAUACCAAACCAAAGAGGAACUUAUUUUUAGGUACUGUAGUGGAUCCUGCAAUGCUCCAGAGACAACAUAUGACUUAAUACUAAAAAAUUUAACCAAAAAUAAAAAGCUUGUCAAAGAAAAAGUGAGAACACAGGUCUGCUGUCGACCUAUAGCUUUUGAUGACGACUUGGCUUUUUUAGAUGAUAACCUUGUGUACCACACACUUAAAAAGCAUUCCGCCAAGAAAUGUGGCUGCAUUUGACUUAUGAAGUGAAACAUGCAUUCCUGCAGUAUUUAAAAAGGAUACAAAGUUCCUGAUCCAAAAAUAGAAUCAGGACCCAGAGAUGGCAAAGAAAGGGAGGCCGGCUGAAAUCAAGACAGGACGAUAAGACAGCAUUGGUCAUCUAAAGAUGAGGAAGUCAAGGUUAAUUAAUACACUAAGUGAUAGCUUUUAACCUUUUUGCAUGCUGGUGUUUGCAGGUCUAAUUAAAAUACUGCCAUCAUGUGGUGAGACCAGAUUCUUCACAAUUGAAAAGGAAGAGGUGUUUGUGAAAAGAAAAAGAAAAAAAAAAACAUACACAGUGAUCCACAAAAAUACCAGUAGAAUACAGGAUGUGGUGAAGCUUUCUGUAUGUCUUUUGAGUGGCACUAUAUCCACUGUUCUAAAGGGAAAUGGCCAGUCGCUCUGUCAACUUCUCAUAGGCACUGAAAAAAGAGCAAACUGCUGUAAUUUUUAAAAGGUUUCUCCAACUUCCACUUGCAAUGUGGAAAUAUAGGUACAGUCUGUUUGGGAAAGGAAGGGGGUAUUGCAAAAAAAACAUUACUGCUUCUAUUAGUAGGUCAAAUACAUUUUAAAGUAUGGGUCCAUUUCCAUUGGGCUACCAAAUCAAAUGUUUAGGAGAGCAAUAAACUCAAGAUAGUAUCUGAUGGCCUCAUCCCACUAGCUUACAUGUAUUUGUCCAUUAGCAAGUUAGGACAAUGAGAAAUCUUCAAAGGGUAAGAAAAUGGUUAGCAGUAUACCAGGUUCUUAGGCAUUCAGUUUAUUUUAGCCUGUUUACUUUCCUGGGAAAUAAUAUACUUAUUUGUGAUAACAACAGAAUAGCAGAACACAUCAUUUUUUACAUUUAGUUUUUAAAAUUAAAUGUUGGAGUCAGUAGGGGAAAAUGAUGUGAAAUAGAGUCAUAUUUAUGAGUUUUUAUAUAUAU